AUCGAUAGUUAUAUAUCAUCAACAUUAAAGUCAGGCCAGAACUGCUACAAUUUUGUAUUGUUAGAAAAACUAAAAAGAAUAUAAUGCGCACCGUGCUUUUGAGCAAAUCCGAUGAGCUCUAUCUGGAAAAGUGCGCCCAAGAGCACAGUUUCUCGUACGGCAUUAUCGUUGGUCACCAAGCAGAUUUAACCAAAAGCAUUGUGGUUCAUCUGGCACGCAACAGCGAGGAGGAUGCGGACUUGGAAGACUUGACCGAUGUCCGGCUGGGCAUAAGUGACAUCAACUCGCAUGCGUUGGCCUCCCAAUGGCUGAGCGCCAGCAAAAUGUGUCCCGGCUCCUUUGAUGUCAUAGGUAUAUUCGUUGCCUCUGUGCGCCCGGAGAUGGCCAAUGAGCAGAGCGAGCAAUUCAGGAACGCCAAGAAACUCUUCUCCGAUGUCUACGACGUGUUGCUCAAGAGCAAUAGCUCCUUUGGGGUAUACACCACAGACAUGGCACAGACAGACUAUGUGUUCCUCUCCUACUCCCUGGCCGACAAAAGUUUGCUGUGCAAAAACUAUACGUACGGAAAUGGCGGCACAUUCUCCUCCAUGGACUACCGCUUCGUGGAGAAGCCGUUCGAGUGGAUACAAUUGGAGUGCAAUUACGACUUGGAUGAUGUCAUACCCAUAGUCGAUACAACCAGACGCAUCAACAUUGAAGAACAGUUUCAAAAUAUUAUAGUCACGAUCCGUAAAUACCUCAUUGCCAGCGAGGUAUUCCUCCAGAACGAAAUGGUCGAGGACACAAUGGAUUUGCAGAGCUACAUCAAAAAGAAAAAGCUUAAGGACGACAAGCUUAAGGAGACAACGACCAAUGCCACCGCAGCUGCUGCCAGCUCGCCGACAUCUGCGGCUGCCUCUACAUUGCAUCUACUAUCCCCCAUUGACAAUUCCAAUGGCUGCGUGAUACGGGCCAGCAUCGUGAUGCCCGUCAAGUGCCAGCUGAACAAUCCAAACGACAUCAAGGUGCGCGAGUUUAGCGGCACUUUACGCAUGAGCGGGAUGAUCUUCUCACGAAUUUACUGCAACUCGCGGAACAGCUUGGCAGACGUGAAGCGCUUCUUGCGCGACGACGUGUUGCGAUCGUUGAUAACGCGGAUCCAGGUCUACUGCGAUGGUCUAACCGAUCCGCACGUCACCAACGAGGCGGUCUACAUAAGCGAACCUCCCCGACGUGUGUUCUUCGGCCUACCCGCGGAAUGUGGCAACUGUUUGCCUUGUAGCUCGGUUCAGUUCUCCGAAUAUUUGUUCCGCGGCGAAGCACCCACCGUGGCCGUAGCCCAAGCCAAGCAGGUACUUGACAUCGAGCUCGAUCCGGAGGCGAUUGACUUGGACGCCGAGGCCCUACCAGAUGACGGCAACUUCAACCAUUUUCACGCAGACAGAGACGCAGUUGGAGACGACAGUCGCAGGAUGAGCAGCUCGAUGCCCAAGCGAGAACUGUCCCGCAGUCUGUACAUGAUCGGCAUUGCGGUGGCUCUGCUGGUGCUGCUCGCCUCGGUGGCCCUCCACUAUACAAUGGCCGUGUAGUAGACAGCCGGAUGCUGCAUGACUAUUGGUUGCUUAUUCGACUAACCAUAACACACAAUAUACGCAACCCAAUCCGAAUACAUUGAUUGCAUACAUGUGCAUACACAUAAAUCUUGUGAUGGUUUUCUUUUUAAAUUAUGAACCAAGGUGUACUCUUAUUGGUAGUAGAAGAAAUGUAAAAAGGUCCCGUUAUAUAGUUGUAUUAUUAAAGCCUCAACGGGCAGCAUUUAACACUAA